AUGGAACCGAGAAUCCAGUCACUUCUUCUCGACGACAAUUUUACCAUAGACAACCAGCUGCCAUUUCCUCUGGGCGCUUUCACCCAACAACAUCAGGCCCAGCAUCCUCACGGCCAUCACAGCCUUCAGCAUGGCUCAAGGCCCGCCCCCGUAGAGCCCAGCGCUCCCCGCCCAGCGAAUUUCUCACUCCACGACAUUUACAAUCCAAACGCAAAGGACUCGCAUCGCCAUGCCGCCUUCGCAGGCCGGCGGCUGUCCGCCAGGCCCCGCCCGCCACCCUCGCCCCCAUCGACCUCCUUAGUGCACGAGCAGCACGCCCAGCACCAUCACGCCGCCGCCUCCUCGUCGGCGUCAGCUGCACGCCCGCCCAAGUCUGUGCCGCUAGCCGAGGUGCUAAAUGGCAGCGAGCAGACAUCGUCGGGCUUCAGCGGGUCGGUCAACGAGCUGUUGCUCGACAACAGCAGCAGCGCUUCGGGCAGCAAAAAGCGGCGCAAGGUCGACGGCGUAGGCGUUGUCGUCAGCGAUCAGAAUGUCUUCACGCUACCCAAGCCAACACUACCUAUCAAGAAAGGUACGCGCCGCCCGCGCAUCCCGCCACUGCUGCAGGGCUUGCACCAGCCCCCUCCCAACGCAGGCCUGUUCCCGCCGAUUACGGGCGAGAGAGUUACGAGGGAGGGUUGCCCACCGCCCCCGCCACCGCCUUCAGCGACGACGGAAAACACGACAGUGCAGCAGCAGAACCAGAAAUCGGCGUCAACUCCGGCGCCUCAGGUGGAGCCGAGGCCGGUGGAGAAGACGGCACCCCCUGAGCCUAAAGGGUUGAGCCCCGGUCGAGAUUCAGGGAAGGAGCCGGAGAAAAGCUUGGCCUCUGGGCCUGCCGCUGCACUCAGCGCCACAAUCUCGACCAAAUCCCAGAAGCCGGAGACGGGCAAGAGGCGGAAAAAGUGGACGGAGGAGGAAACUACUACUUUAUUGAAGGGAGUCGCAAGGUUCGGCAUCGGGAAUUGGAAGAAGAUCAUGGAUUGCCCUGACUUCUCGUUCGAUGGGAGAACGGCCGUGGACCUGAAAGAUCGGUUCAGGACGUGCUGCCCGGAUGAGUAUCGGAAGAUGAAGACACCCAAGACUGCUGGCGCGGAGCAAACUGCUACAGCUGGUGCGACUGAAGCGUCCACUGCAGACACUGCAUCCAGCAAGCAAGUCUCUAGUCUGGUCACAUCCAACAUCUUACUGCCCGAUCUGCGUGAUCGCCUCCGGAACAGAUGGCCGGAGAAGUAUGCCGAAGCAGGCUAUAAGAUCAAAUUGAAGGAGAAGAAUAACAAGCAGGAGAACCAAGAUGAUGGCGGCACCGACCCCUCCACUACCGAAUCUUCCAAAGACAAGGAGCCCACCAAGAAGGCAUCUCUACAACAAGAUGACAAUGCUGCGCUCACUGCGAGUAUGCCGUCGCACGUAAACCCAAACGCCAUGACCCGGCCAAAGGCGCCUGAUCUGAAAGCGCUUCUCUCGAACUAUCCGUUCCCGGAUCCAUUUACGGGAGACGAUGACUUCACCUCAGAUCUUCCUUUCGAGGGCGAAUGCAGCCCGGUGAUUUUGAGCAGGGACAUCUUCUCGUAUGCCCAGGGUCAACCCAGCGCUUUCGAUUUCUCAGCAGUCGCAUCCAAAUGCGAGCCUGCCCCCUCUCUGGCUUUCUGCUCCUCUUACUGCCGGCCUUUCCUCGAGUGCUGGGCCCAGUAUGCUGCCAGUAUCAUCAUCAGCAUCGGCGUCGAGAAGCAUUGCCACAGCUCCCAGCACAAGCACAGCUGGAGGUAA